AUGGCAAGCGACCGGAAGUCAACUACGGUGAUAGCCGCUCCAGGCAAUUGUGACAGCCCUGGAAUCCAUCCUCAUCUGUUAACUACGGACUAUGCUGUGAAUGUCGUGCUUGGCCCUGUUGUGUCCACACACAAUAAGAGCUCUGCAGACGAAAAACAUGCCGGUGAUGACGACCACAUUCAGGGCCGGCGUGCGAUGACAGAUGGGCCAGGCAAAGAGCUUCAGACGCAGACAAACUUACUGCCCAUGAAGCAGUUACUUGUGGUCUUCUCGGGUCUAUCAAUAGCUAUGUUAUGCUCGAUGCUCAACCAGACUAUCGUUGCCACUGCCCUGCCUACCCUUGGUGCUGUAUUCCAUCAAGCCGAUAUUGUCUCCUGGGUGGGUACUGCCUACCUUCUAACUUGCACGGCAUGUCAACCGCUAUAUGGCCGGUUGACGGACAUCUUUGGCCGGAAGUUCAUCCUUUUGGGCUCGCUCUUUCUUUUUCUGGUGGGAAGUGUCAUCUCGGGUGUCUCGAGGGGCAUGAUUAUGCUGAUCAUAGCGCGGGCGGUGGCGGGAAUCGGUGGUGGAGGUAUUGUUACUGUGGUUAGUAUUGUCGUAUCUGAUGUUGUGUCCCUUCAGGACAGGGGGAAAUAUCAAGGAAUUAUUGGUAUAGUUGUGGCAGCCGGAACUGCGUUAGGCCCAUUGAUUGGUGGUCUCUUCACCGAGAAGGUUUCCUGGAGGUGGUGUUUUUACAUCAGUGUACCCCUAUCCGGGGUUGCUAUGGUCGUCGUUGCCUUUGCGCUACCCCUUCGGAAGGUCGAAGGCCGUGCAUUAGAGAAGAUCAAGCAGAUUGAUGGCUGGGGAUGCUUGAUUAGUUUCUCUGCGUCAAUUGCCAUCCUGCUUCCCAUCUCAUGGGCUGGCACACAGUAUCCUUGGACCUCGGCAGCUGUUCUAGCACCCCUGUUACUCGGUGUAGCGCUCGUUGGAGUCUUUCUCUUUGUCGAAUUUAGGGUGGCCAGGUUGCCAUUGAUUCCACUGCAUAUGUUCAAGAAUUCGCACGUCUCUAUCUGCAUCCUGACAUCUUUCCUCACCGGAUUCAUGACUUUUGUUAACCUCUACUAUCUGCCCCAGUUUUAUCAAGUCGCCCGGGGCGACUCCGCGCUACGAUCGGGUAUCCUGAUUCUUCCACUAAUCCUCUCGCAGAUUGUCACAUCAUUUUCUUCGGGCUUCCUGGUUUCGAGGUACUCAUGUUAUCGAAUCAACCUCAUUGUCGGUUAUGCUCUUUGGACAAUUGCAUCGGGGUUGUUUACAAUGGUCACUCCAUCAACGUCAGCAGCGGUCCUCGUGAUCUUCCAGCUACUGACGGGGCUCGGCAGUGGGCAGACACUUCAGACGACUCUGGUUGCUAUUCAAGCUGCAGUCAAGAGGGAAGAGAUGGCAGUUAUCACUGGCGCUCGUAAUUAUCUACGAAUGAUGGGCUCGACUUUGGCUGUAGCGGCCAGUUCGGCUAUUGUCAACAACAUUGUCCGGACGAAGCUCGAGGGAAUCAACUUUCCGCGAUCGAUCAUUUCCGAAAUCAUCGCCGAUCCUACAAAAAUAGCAUCCAUGUCACUAUCCGCGGCACAAAAAUCGGAAGCACUGAAUGCGUACGCCCACGGAGUGCAGGUCACAUAUUACAUGAUGACUGCCCUGGCCGGCAUUCAAUUCUUUCUUUGCGUCUUCUUCGUCAAGGACUACUCAUUGAAGAGAGACGAUGAUCAACAGCAAAAGGAGGCUGCUAGAGCUUGGCUGGAGCAAAAAAAGAACAAAAGGGCGGGCAGCAACCACCAUGCAGAACCAGCAACUGCUUCAGCUCGACAGCAAGUCGAGAACAAGGUUUAA